UAAAGUUGCACUCGAGCCUCAUAGUAGUCCCUGAACUUAAAAGUUUCUCAGAGUCAUCCCCAAACUUGCACUCCGGGACUCAAACUCGUCCUUCCGGUAAUUUCUGGACACCUGGCGCAACUGGAAAGCUGAGUUGGCCUCUUUCCUGACACGUUGGCAUAACAGAAACGACGUAGUAUUUGCUGUGGCGCCAAAAUGACAUGAAACAACGUCAUUUCACGCUAAAAACCCCCUUCCUCAACGUUACCCUAACGAAUUGUCUCCCUCCUCUCAAAUCACAACACAAACACAGAGGUCUCUUCUUCUCCACUACACUCAUCAAUGGUGUCUGUGCGAUUGUCGUUCACGCCACCUUCCUCUCUUCCGGCUACCUUCUCACCGCCACCGGCCCCCAAGCCCUCUUCGAUGACGCCCUCUCACAUCCCUCCACUGAGGAGGUGUCUGUAGAGAACUGGAACCAACUUGACCAAGAAUAUGUCUUUGUUUAUGUCAAUCCAAAAAAGGUUUCAAAUAAAGUGCUGGUAAAGUGCCUCGUCAUGAAUGAGAAGUUACUCAUUGAUGCCUUGAAGGAAGGGUCUUAUGACCCUGCACACCUUGAGAUUUGUGUUAGGGAUUAUACUAUAGCAAAUGAAAGCAGCAAUUAUUCUGAGCAGAGCGCUGUGGGAAAGACAAGAAUAGAGAAACGAAGAGAAGAGAAGACAGAGUGCUAUGGGCUUCAAAAUUGGGGAUUAGGGUUUUAACUUGAUUUGAGGGACCAAAUUGAUUCCGGACAGUUUACUCUGCCAUAUCAGCUAGCCAUUGUAAUACCCACGUGUCACGAAACCUGCCAACUCAACUUUCCGGUAGUGCCAGGUGGGCAGAAAUUGCUGGAAGGACAAGUUUGAGUCCCGGAGUGCAACUUCAGGGAUGAAUAUGGGUAACUUUUAAGUUCAAGGACUAUUAUCAGGCUCGAGUGCAACUUCAGGGACUACAUUAAGACUU